GUCAUGAUGGUAUCUUACAACUGUUGCUUAACCAUGGUGCCAGUGUGAACGCGGUGAACGAGGAGGGUUAUACACCAUUGCACGGCGCUGCAUCUCGAGGUCAUGAUGGUAUCUUACAACUGUUGCUUAACCAUGGUGCCAGUGUGAACGCGGUGAACGAGGAGGGUUAUACACCAUUGCACGACGCUGCAUCUCGAGGUCAUGAUGGUAUCUUACAACUGUUGCUUAACCAUGGUGCCAGUGUGAACGCGGUGAACGAGGAGGGUUAUACACCAUUGCACGGCGCUGCAUCUCGAGGUCAUGAUGGUAUCUUACAACUGUUGCUUAACCAUGGUGCCAGUGUGAACGCGGUGAACGAGGAGGGUUAUACACCAUUGCACGACGCUGCAUCUCGAGGUCAUGAUGGUAUCUUACAACUGUUGCUUAACCAUGGUGCCAGUGUGAACGUGGUGAACAAUGAGGGUUAUACACCAUUGCACGAAGCUGCAUGUCAGGAUCACGUGAAAUGCAUUAAGGUUUGUUUCUCUCGUGAGAUAGUCCAAUGUUCAGCAGCUCAGUUAAUCCUCGCAAUUUUUGGUAGAAAUAUAGGCAAAGAGAUAAUGCCGCUGAGAAUUGAAUAAACAGACGGUGGAACGAUGUGUGUGUGUGGGGGGGGGGGGCAGAUUUUUGUGGUUAGACCCUUUUCAAUGGAUUCAUAAUUAGUAAUUUUCGCCUCAUGAAGCGAACAUGUAAUGAUUUUUUUAAAUAUCUCAAAUAUUUCCCGAAUAUCAAAAAGGGCACCUUUGCCCCCCUUGGGAAUGGCAAUGUCACUCCCGUGCACCCCCUCUUCAGCAUCGCUGGGUUUUUUAAUGACAUUUGCAGAGCUGCCAAUUCCAAUGGCCUCCUGGUUUUGGGGGAAGCUCAAGGUAUGAUGUAAUCACGGUAUGAAAAUGGUUCAUGCCAGUUCAAAAAAUCGUUUUCCACAAUAAAUCGUAUCAAAAAUUUUUCCACAUAAAUUUAUUUUAGGGGGAGGGGCUUUUGAGCUGGGUCCCCCUGGCACCCUCUCGGCGGCACUGGAUGGGGCGUGCCAAUUAAUUACACAUGGCCGAUUUUGGCCCCAUUAUGGCAUCACUGCUAUUAUAACUUCCAGGUUUUUGAUCAUCUAAAUUUGGCAGCCUCAGAUUUGUGAACUAGUCAGCCACCUAGGUAAACAUUUGGGGUUUUUUCAAUUAAUGAUAUCCUGUAUAAUUCUUGUUUAGGUGUUGUUGAAAAAUGGUGCAAACAUCAACGCGUUGGACGGAUUCGGUAGAACUCCGUAUCAAACUGCAAUGCGACACAAAUAUAAAGAAACUGCCGAGUGUUUAAGAAAUGCAGGUAUUUAUAAAACUGUAAGAGGUUGUUGGUUAUGUGAACCAGGGGCGGAUCUACCAGUGGGGUGGGCGGAUCUACCAGUUAGACUGUAGAGCCCACUUGCAGGGGCGGAUCUAGCCUCAUCUGCAAGGAGGGGUGCAGGUUUUCCAUGGGAUAGUGUAUGAGGGAGCUUUACUGCCCACUCUCCUCUGUAGUCUGCAACGCUACUAUCCCAACAUUACCAUUAUGUGAGAUGGCCGAAUCUGCAUGUUCGCCGUUCUGUUACGUUUCGCUGUUCAAGUUUUGCCCAAAAGCGCAAGAUGGAAAAGUUUAUUGAAUUUGCUAUUAUCAACAAACCGUCGAGAAGUGGAAAAUAAUCGUAAAAGCAUCGCGAAAAAAAUUCCUUUCGAAAUAACCUUCGUUUUGACACGAUGGCUUUGGUUAAAUUUGCUCGCAGCUAGCAACAGAUUAUAGGUCCACUCGCAGCUCGCAACUGAUCAAUCGAGAUCACUCGCAGCUACGCGUAGAGAAUUUGAUAUACAUGUUUUCCAACCUGGGAAGUAAACAAUUAAGCAUGUUGUGCAUAGGGUUGGGCGAUAUUUCGAUAUUUUGAUUUAUCGCAGUUAUCGCGAUAUUUUCAAUCACGAUUAUCGUAUCGAAGGUAGAAACUUGAGCGACGAUAUAUCGAAAUUAUCGUCAUGCUCGUUGACUAUCGUGAUACGAUAUUGCUUCGCAUAUGUAUAUAGGUUUUAUAAAAUCCUAAAAACUUCCUUGAAUUCCUAGAAAAUGUAGUUUUUAAAAAAAUUAAAACUAUUUCCUGAGUUAAAUACGAAUUUAAUACGAUACAAAAACUAAUGUUUAUGUAUUAAUCCUCUGAACAAUAAAAUUGCAGGCUUUGCUUGCGCUGUGUGCCCACGGCAUUUGUGCCAGUGGAGACACAGUAGAAACUGCAUGUUUAUGAACAGUAAAUAUUAGACUAGAAAAAGCCUUCUUAUUACUUUAAUUUGUUGUUUUACUUGCUUUUAAUAAGAUUAUAUAUAAGUUAGUUUUAGACUGCAGAAAAUUGCACACGCAUUUAUCAAACUCAUGUCACAGAAGUGGUAAAGGACAUGUGUGACAACUGAAUGGUAUCCGUUUGUAAGUACCAUUAGUACCGUAAGUUUUUGGCCAGGGGUGGGUAUUUAUUUUUUAAUCAAUUUUUUUACUUUUUAAUGGUUGGGACGUUGGGUCAGCAAAAUUUUUGCCGCAAAAAACAUUUCUCUUCGGUGCCACAUCCCACCACAAAUAAUGACCUGUCCCUUACCGAAGUACGCUUUUGAUGACGUAAUAUUUUAAUUGAAUGACCGAGUGUCAUCUAGCUUGGGAUGACUCAUUUUUAGGCUUAGAGUCUGUCCACGUGAAAGGUCAAUGUUCAUGAGACCUCAGGCAGCUGCUCUUUACUCGCUGGGGCACCUGUGCCCCAGACGAGUAUAGGUUUCGGCUCUGUUCUUGGAUCGGCAAUCUCCAAUCGUCGAUAGCCACAAAAUAGAAUAUUAAUGAGCUGCUUGCUUCUUUUCAAAAUGGCGGGGCCUUUCGUGGAGUGGGCAAAAUGUUUCAAACAAUUUCGUGAAAAUUUUGAACCAAUUGUACCUGUUUUCUAUGCAUUUUGCAUUGUGUCUAACUCUGGACAUUCUUGCUAGUUUAUUUAAUGCGUUUUUCUUGGUGCACGACUCUGAAAAUUCGAAAUUUGGAUCGUUGAAUUCCCGUGCACGACCAUAAUAUACUGAAUCUGAAUAUAAACGAGCCAAAGACAAUUUCAAGGUAAAAGGUUAUAACUUAAACUGCACAACGUAGUUUUAAUAAAUAACUACUUUAUGAGAAGCAUAUUGGUGUCAUAUGAAUAUAAAAUUUAUCGAACAACAGUCCGUGAAAACUGCAGAGUACUCAGUGUGAAAUAUGAUAUUGUAUUUGUAAUGCUUAUUAAUGGCGCAAUAAGGAUAAAAAUACCAUUGUUCGAUUCAGCGUAAGAAAUUGUACUUACGGAUGCCAAAUCUGUUACUAAACACCAGUAUUCUAGCGAUUUAUGGCCUUUGAAAAUCAAGCGAAAUUGUUUUGUUGACAAAUCGCUCGCAGUACGUAUUGACUAUAUUAUUGACAAAUCACUCGCCGUUUGUUCGACCAUGGAUUGUAAAAUAAUUGUUAUUUUACAAUCCAUGGUCCGACCUUGUAUUUGUAUUUGUAUUGCCUAAUGGCGCAAUAAGGAUAAAAAUACCACCGUUCGAUUCAGCGUAAGAAAUUGUACAUACGAAUGAGAAAUUGUACUUACGGAUGUCAACUGUAUUACUAAACAACUGACAACAGUAUUCUAGCGAUUUAUGGCCUUUGUAUUUGAAAGCCAAGCGAAAUUGUAUUAUUUGUUGACAAAUCGCUCAAAUUAUAAAAAAUGCAAUACGUUUGAUCCUUGAUAACUUUGGCAUCAUUGGUUUUCUCUUUUUCGGCUGUAUACCAGUGGAUUCGUCUCACUUCUCUCUUCAUUUUGAUAAUAUUUUGAGCCCAAAAGCCCCCAAAUAUUUUAUUUUGAACGUUUUAAACUGGCGGCCGACAGAAGAAUGUAACAUACUAUAAAAUAUAACUUUACUUGUGGGCAUAAACGCCGGAAGUUUUAUUGGGUUGGGAUAAAACGCGGAAUUCCAGAAGCGGAUUCCGUAAAUGAGGAUAAUUAACGCGGAAUUGAAGCAGAAUAAGGACGAGAAGCAUAAUAGGGUAAAUUAAGUUUGAUCACAACAUAAACUUAAUGCCACAGCCAUUGAAAAAUUUACCUGGCAAAAUUUUCCCUUGAAUGUUACUUAUAAAAUAACCAAAUAAAUAAAGCAACAGAAUUUACUGUUCCGCAAGUUUUAGUAUGCAUUUGUUAACUUAUUUGUAAAAUAUUUAAAAAUAAAAGGAUUCAAAAUUUUGCGUGUGUGUACGUGCAUACGAAAAACGCAACAGUGGAGAUCAGCCUUUAGAUCUUAAAUAGCCCAGCGAGUUCACGCUCCAUAGAGCGUCUUGUUUUAAACAAAUCUGCCCACAAGAUAAACUAUAGGAAACAGGUCAAUCACAACAUGACAUCUUCACAUACACAACGGCAGCUAGUCUAACAAACUGUCAUAGCCCAAUGGAAGAACUGAUGAAUGUUUUCCGAAGAACCGAAAUAUAUUUACUUUCCUUUGAUUUGUGGCAAAAUAUCCAUUAUCUCCUCUCAUUAUGCUUAAGAUAAUAUUUGCUUGCACGAACAUUUUACCUGCUCUCAAGUAAACAUCUUCUAUUUUAUUUUUAAUCUAAAAUAUUAUCCGUAACAAACGAAUAGAAGAACACUAGUACUGGUUUCUGAAAGGUUUUAUUCAGUAACCUCUGAAACUACGAGUUCGAUCGAACAAGGAGAACAAUUGCAUAGUUACCCAAACAUACAGUUGACGCCAACAUACAUGCAUGAUAUAUUUAUGACGUAUCAUUUAUAUACGUAUCUCAAGCGGAUUGAAAAUAACCCCAGAUACGUCAAUUACACAUUAUAGCAGUGGUAAGCAACAUUAUUUCUCAAUUUAAUGCAAUAUUUUAGCAUUUUUUGACAAUAUAUAUAUUCUGUCAUAGUAUAAGCUAAUAUAAAAAUACAAAUAUAUUCCAACCACAUGUGGGCUUGGGAUGCCUGUUAAUAGAAAGUAUGGAAUGUUGCAAUGGGUAUUACAAACUUUUAAGUUUGUAAUACCCAUUGGUAAGUUUGUAAUACCCAUUGCAACAUUCCAUACUUUCUAUUAACAGGCAUCCCAAGCCCACAUGUGGUUGGAAUAUAUUUGUAUUUUUAUAAAAGUUGUUAUUUGUUUCGCUUCUGGUUGUUCCGGCUCUUGCAAUAGUUGGUCAACUACACGUGCCAUCAUAUAGGUAUGUUUAUUGAGAGGCAAUAGUCUAUAGCCAAAUAGCGUUGUCCGCAGUAGCUAAAAAUAGAUUCUCCAAGUGAAGACCCCCCACGAGACUCAGACAAACAAACUAACAUUUUGUAUAGAAUUGUACUAGCAGCGAACAUAAAUUGGUCUAAAUUGACGUUUUUAUUUAUUUUAUCUGUGCUAAAACGAAUUCAAAUUUAUCCCAAAUUACAAACAUGGUUAAUGCUAAGCACUGUUGCUGGGGAACAUGUCCAAGUGAUUCGAGAUACUAAGAAAAACUGCCGAAACAGGGAAUUGAAAAGUCGGACGGGACGGGAAUGUCUGCAGUAGCAAUGUGUUGAUUGUUAUUGACUGCGGACUGUGCUGGCUUUUCUCCAAGAACUUUCGCAGCUAACCAUUUUCCCCCGUCAAUACAUCCAGCGAAUGAUGCUUUCCCGAACUCGCUGAAGAAGAACUUGGCGUUUUAUACCGCUUUGCUAUAAGCCGGCCUCUACAUUUUAACCUCUGCUUGAGUUUAAUCGACAGUAUAAGCAGAUGGAUCAUGCUCAAAAUAUGAGUCUGGGACGCCAUCGUUUUCAGUGAGAGCGUCUGUUGUUAAAUUUAUGACUGAGAGAGAAGCAAUAGUUUACCAGACAGUGUUAGGCUAUUAAUUAACACAGUGUUAAAGGGCGGUUCUCUAUUUUACAAAACUGAAUAUUUAAAAAUAGAUAAAUAAAAAUGUUUUUAUAAUAACAUAUUUUUGUUGUAUUGUCAAAACAAAAUAGUUUUACUGGUCAACGGAAGAUUUUAUAUUUGAGAUUUUAUAUAGUUUGUAGUUUAUCUUUGACAUUUUUUAAAAAAGUUUAAAUUUGAAAGUAUUAGUUUUAAUUACAUUCCUAAUAAAUCCGUAUUUUAUAAGUUGAAUAUGUAGUCAAUAGAUUAUAGUAAACAAUCCUAGCUUCUUUGGCUUUGGACUUUGCUAUUAAUAAAAGAGAUGUCUAAAGUAAUAAAAUAAUGCACACUAAAGCGAGUAUUAAAAUAUAAGUUAGUAUAAACAUGAAAUCAACAACAUUAAAUAGGGAACUUUAGAACUGAUUCGCUAGGGCUACGAAUUAAAUCUGGUACGACUACGAGAUUUUUUCGGUUAAAUAUCUGCUACUACAGACUUUCUAUCGCCCUUUCUUUUGCAUACCCUUUCUUUAUGGCCUCUUUAUAGCAACAGUUACGCCAAACCAUGUACUAUUAUAAUACAGUAGACACCGCCUAUGAUAGAAACGACAUGACAGUCGAUACUAAAGUGACGAAAAAGUGUAUAUUUCUACUUCCAAAGCAAAAAUAUUUUGCACUGGCACUUCAGGUAAAGCGACAAGUACAAGGUGUGUAUGAUUUCGCACAAAUAAACCGUAAACAAACAUCAAACUAUCAAACUAACUCACAGGAAGCUCUUAAUCAUAAUACUAUUUAUAUUAAAUGUUGCCAAUGUUUGUCUGAGUCUUCGCGGGGGGUCGAAUUUUCGUGACGUCAAUUGCGGACAACGCUAUUGUCCCAUGUCAUCUUCAUUAUUCAGUUCCUUUCAACAAAAGUACAAAAUGUGAAUCAAGUUUUUUUUGCAGAUACAUGUACGCGUCGCGUACCUAUUUUUCCUUUUAUAAAAGCGAAGUUAUACUGAAUUUAAACAUUCGUAAUUUUAGCUCCACCUUGGCUUCACUUUUUGGAUUCUCACUUCAUAUAUGCACAUUACAUUGAUUACGCCCUGCUCGGGAAUAAAUGACACUAAUUUUGAAAAUUCCUUGUUUAGAUCCUACAUCAUGCAAAAUGGUGAAGGAGUCGGGACUAAGUAAUGGUGAUGGUGAAUAUGACUUGUAUCUGUUACUUCCCACCUGUUCACAAAAAGCCCGAGUGUAUUGUGCUGAUAUGAACACAGAUAACCCAUUAGAAUAUAUCACAUUGUCUGCUGGCAGGGAUACUAACUAUGCACUGAAUAAUCGUCUACCCAAUGGAGAAUAUCACUCGAAACAUGCCAAGACGGCAUACGAUAAGGUUCGUAAUUGACUUGCAACCAUUCUCGUCCCCAGAACAAUUUUCAAUCCGUCACUCGUUGAAAUAAUUUUCUGGUUUAGACGACUAAAAGGCGAGAUUUAAUUGGCUUCUCCGAGAACUGCUAUUUCGUAGAAGUUUAGCAGUUUUUGCUAGGCAAAGUUAUUCUAUCAACAUACAUGUCAACACAAAUGCAGUACUUCGUUCCUUCGUCAUACUUCACUGUGACAAUUGUUACGAAUGCUACAGCGUCCCAAUUCAAGAGCAUGCGCUUUAGAAACUACUGCAAGUUUUCUUGCACUUCCAGUUCCGUGUGUUCCCGGGCCUAGGCAGGACGCGAGAGGCCCUGGGGGUGAGGUGGCAUGCAAAGCCUAGUCCCAGGCUUUCCCGCGUCACUAGAUUGGUUUUAAACCCAAGCUGAAACCCCGAGUCCGCAAUCAUCUGCAUGUGGAGGUUUGCUGAAGCCCUGGGAAACACCAGCAAAAGUCAGGCUCUGAUUGUUUAAAAUCUUGUUAAAUUCUCCAAUUCGGAUUGAACUUCGCCUUGUACAUGAUCAAAUUGCACGGACUUGAAAUCUAGCCUAGUCCUUAAAGUUGGAUUUGAAAUAUUACAUAACCUAUUGUAGGCGGUCUGAUCGGUCGGAAGAGCAAAAAUGGUUCCAAGAACGGUAGAUUUGCGAAUUGUGCUCGUGUCAGUACCAUUUGGGGUACAUUUUUGUGUGCAUCAUUUCAUUUAACUUAAAACAGUAUUUUGUUUUAGAUACGUCUUGAAGUGCCAUCACUAAAUGUCUUGAUAGGGGAUUCAAGGUUUUCUGUACAGAUAGAAGGAACAUACAUAGAACGGUACGCUACAGCUAAGGAUUGCAUGUGGGCUGCCUCUUGUGAAGCUUACAGACAAAACAAGCAUGGGAAAACUGAAGCUGAUCUCACUGGAACGGAUUUUAAAUUCCCAUCGUCUAUUCCUUAUAAUACUAAUUCCUGGCCAACUUGUGCUAGCGGCUGGCUUGCACCAACCAUGAGUGUGGAUCGAAAGAAAUGGUCAGUUCGUUGUGGUGGUUAUUGUGGCGGCUGUAAGCCUACGUCCCUUGUUCUUGAGCUUGAUGCUUGCUAAUAUUAUUAAACCAGAAGAUUGCGUUUGAUAGGGAUUCAACUACAUCAAAAAUACAA